AUGGAGGGCAGAAGCGUGAGUGUGCGGGCCCUUUCAGGUGAAGUUAUCUUCGCCAGGACACUUCCUUCGAACACACUCUGCGAUGAGUUGCGGCAGCUUGUAGCUGCUUCGCGUGAGCAGAGCUCGGAAACAGUUCAGCUGCUGCUCAAUGGGGUGUUGCUGGUCCGUGAGACUCUCACGAUCGAGGGCGCGGCGUUUGAGCAUGGCCAAUGCGCAGACGGAGCUCUGGAGUUCACUGCAGUGUUGGAGCCGAGUUUGAAGAGAUUCCCGCUGGAAAGGUGCAAAAGAACUCCAGGACUUUACGUCAGUGAGGUAAACAACCACCGUGUGACCCGCUGGGAUUUGGAGGGCCAGGGAUCUGGUGGAAGGAUUGUGGUCGGGGGAUUUGGGCGAGGCUCUGGGCUUGGCCAGCUCGCUGGGCCCAAGGGUCUUGCCUUCGACGAGCAUGGCGUUUUCUAUGUUGCAGAAGCUGGAAACCGUCGUGUCACCCGAUGGUGCCCACGGGAGGGUCCGGGAGCCUUAGCAGGCGGCGGCCAAACCGUCGUUGGCGAGGCCCGGGAGUGCGACAGAGGCGUUGGCGAACUGGAGGAGCCUGGUGGCAUCUGCCUCGGCCACAGGGGCGAGAUGUACGUCGCAGAUGUUCGAGGGCAUGCUGUUAGCUGCUGGAAUCAGGAUUUUCAGGACGCCUGCGUUGUAGCCGGUGGCCGUGGCCCGGGAGAUGGCUUGGAUCAGUUGGAUCGCCCGGUGGACGUGGCCGUCGACUCUACGGGUGUCCUGUAUGUGGCAGAGCUUGGCAACGACAGGGUGACCCGUUGGAAGGACAAGACAUGUGAAGUCAUUGCGGGUGGGAGGGGCUCUGGCGAUGCACUGGAGCAGCUGUCCUCGCCGACUGCGAUCUGCCUUCAAGAAUCCAAAGAUGGCGUCAGCGUCUUGGUGGCAGAGGCGGGGAACCAUCGCGUGAGCCGCUGGACACCUGGGAUGACACGCUGUGAAAUCGUUGUCGGAGGGGUGGGCUCUCUACCGGAGCUUGAAACCCCAAGUGGACUUUGCUAUGAUGCUACGGACGGUAGUAUCUAUGUCGCAGAGGCUGGCAGCAACCGAGUGACUCGCUGGAUGCCUGGAGCAACUUGCGGGACGGUCAUCGCCGGUGGAAACGGACGAGGCAGCGAUCUCAAUCAACUAAAUGGCCCCUCCAUGAUGGUCCUGGUGCCA